AUGUUUGAGGUUAAUUUACUACUGUAAAGUCGUAAGCUAAUCUGAGAUCGUUUAUUAGCCACCUGGCACUAUCUCCAUGGUACGUGGGUACUAUCGGUAUCCUACCUGACAUUGGCGAUUGCUCUCUUGUAGUCCGACUUAUACUUUCCGGGUUAUCUUUUUCUGGCAUUAGGUAAUAAGGUCUUGGCAUUUUUAACAGAAACACUAGUAUAACGACCACCGAAGAGUCACCAUGUAGUAAUCGCACUUUUCAUAGCAUCCAGAUACUUACCCGGUAAUAGGUACCAUAGAGAUAGAGAUUUCUUGCGUUAAUAUUCGUACCUUCAUUCGCUCGCAAAUUAUUCCUUGUUUUUUCGAUGUUUUUUAGUCGAAAAUUGAAAUUUCAGUUCGGGUCCAAGAUGAUGUCGGAUCACGAUCGUCGUAAGCAGAUCAGUGUUAGAGGAAUCGCCCAGGUCGAGAACGUCAGCAACAUCAAAAAGGCCUUCAAUCGUCAUCUCCAUUUCUCGAUCAUCAAGGUGAAAUAUAGAAGAAGAAGAAACGAAAGUAAAUUAGAAAGAGGUGAAAAAUAGUCCAUAUUGAAGGAGUUGAAAAAAUUAUGGGUAAAACUUGAAAAGUUUUUAUAAAAUUCUGUUUCUCUUGAAUAGUUACCACAUAGUUAAAGUCAUCUGACAGGCAAUUCAGUUUAUUAAAUCAUAAAUAUAGAAAAUUCUCAAUUUUUAAGAAUUUUCAUUCAAAUGAGUUUUUUGGCUUUGAUCGCUUCGAGUUUCUCAAAAGUUUUAGAACCUACCAACUCAAAAAAGGAAUAGUGAAACUAAAGAAAGUUGCAGGACCGAAACGUGGCGACGGAGCGCGAUUACUACUUUGCCCUUGCCAACACGGUUCGCGAUCAUCUCGUCAGCCGUUGGAUUCGUACGCAGCAACACUACUAUGAGAAGGAUCCUAAAGUAUGAUAUUUUAUCAAAAUUGUGUUUUUAAAAAAAAAAAAAAUGAGUAAACUCGUAAAAACACGAAAAAAGAAAAGUCGAGAAUUUCGAGCAAAUUCAAGUUUGAAAAAAAAACUUUAACUUAAUUUUUUUCGUGGGAAAAAUAAAGAAAAAUGAAGAGUUUUAGCGUGUCUACUACCUGUCGCUCGAAUUCUACAUGGGCCGCACUCUUUCCAACACCAUGAUGAAUUUGGGAAUCCAGGCUACGGUCGACGAGGCCCUUUAUCAAGUAUUUACUGCGUUUUAGAGAUUUAAUAAAAACAAUUUGCGAAUUUCAGCUUGGCCUCGACAUCGAGGAGCUGCAAGAGAUUGAGGAAGACGCUGGACUCGGAAAUGGAGGUGCAGAGAAAAAUACAUUUUUGAAAAAUAAGUGAUGAAAAUGGUGAUUAAAAGGGUUUUACUUUUCCUAGUAAAAGGAAAAUUACGCUUUCGUUUUUAAGUUUUUAGAAUUUACAAAGGUAAGUUACGACUGUUUGUCUCAGUUCUGAGUUGUAACAACGAAAAUUUUUUAUUCAAUGAGAAGAAAAAUUGUCUCCUUCUCAAAACCACAUCGUCUUAUGAACGAAAAGCAAAAUCAAAACGCUUUUGUGAAUUUUUAAUCUUCUUCUUAGAAAAUCUCGCAAGCUUUCGUGAAUGAACUAUGGUUAUUUUCUUUAAGGCCUCGGACGCUUGGCCGCCUGUUUCCUUGACUCUAUGGCGACUCUCGGAAUCCCGGCCUAUGGAUACGGUCUCAGAUACGAGUACGGUAUCUUCAAGCAGCUGAUCCGAGACGGAUGGCAGGUUUGAGCCACAAAAUCCAAACAUUAUAUAUGAAACCUUUCUCGUUUUGGUCGGAAAAUCAACAAGUCAAUUUUUAGAGUUCUGUGAAGAUUUUUCUCGUUCCAAGUUUUUUUCAGGAAACUUGAAAUGAUCUCUGGCUUUCCAAAGUUUUGAUUUGAAAAAUGAGAGAACCCUACAGAGCUACGUCUUUUCACGUCCCAAGCCAUAGUUGAUUGCAGGUCGAAGAGCCGGAUGACUGGCUUCGUUUCGGAAACCCCUGGGAGAAGGCCCGGCCGGAGUACAUGCUGCCGGUGAACUUCUACGGAAAGGUCGUCAAAGACGAGAAAGGACGCUCGAAAUGGGUCGACACUUCUGUCGUCUUCGCCAUGCCCUACGACACUCCGGUCCCAGGAUACCGCAACAAUAUCGUCAACACCCUGAGGCUGUGGAGCGCCAAGGUACGGCAACUGUAGAAUCUGGAAAUAUUCUUCCUACGAAAGAACAAAUACAGAUAGGCACACGAUAUGUUUUUCAUGAAAACAAAACAUAUUUCAUUUUUUUUUAGUUACACAAGGUCAAUUGGGCCGCUCUCUAAAUAUUUAUUUCAUUAGGGAUAAACUUGGUUGUAUUCAAAUUUCAACGGAUUGAAUUUUCAAAUUGAUACGUAUUCUUAGUAGUUCCAAGCUCUCACUAUUCAAAUGGAAACUUGGUAGCGAUUCUUGACAGGACAGAAAAGGGAAAUCUGAAGGAAAUUUUAAGACCUACCUCUUUUAAACAGUUAGUAGUAAGAUUUACGGUAGUUAUCAGAAUGAUUCAUUUCCAAAGAAAGUAGUUUAAAACGGAUUUCAGGCCGAGAACCACUUCCACCUGAAGUUCUUCAACGACGGUGAUUACGUUCAAGCUGUCAUGGAUCGAAAUACUUCGGAGAACAUCACCAGAGUGCUGUAUCCCAACGACAAUGUCGGUUGACGUCUGUUGGGCUCCAACUCCUGAAUAUUCAGAUGUUCGUCGGAAAGGAGCUUCGUCUGAAGCAGCAGUACUUCUUGGUGGCGGCCACGCUUCAGGACAUUAUCCGUCGUUUCAAGUCCUCCAUCUACGGCAAUCGAGAAGUCACUCGCGCCGACUUUGACACCUUCCCGGAUAAGGUAAAAAAAAACUUGCUUCUAACAAGGAAAUGUCAACGAGAAAAUUAAAAAUUUUAAUCGAGCAAAAUUCGAUUAAACCUUUUUGGACUCAAAAUGGAAUUUAGUCGUUCAAGACACGAAAAUGCAAUGGAAACGACUCAGUUUCGCCUAUAGUUCAUUCUUUAAACAAUGUUAAAUAAUGCCUUUACAAGGAUGAAUAUUGUGCCCAAAUGAGGGGCUCGUCGUGAUAGCUAUUUCUGCCACGAAUUAGCGGUGAUCAGACGUUAACAUUUAUUUUCCAGGUCGCCAUUCAACUCAACGACACGCAUCCGUCGAUCGGAAUUCCCGAGCUGCUCCGUCUUCUGAUCGACAUCGAAGGCCUGACUUGGGACAAGGCCUGGGAGAUUUGCGUCAAGACCUACGCCUACACGAACCACACGCUCCUGCCAGAAGCUCUCGAACGCUGGCCCGUCUCGAUGCUUCAAAGCCUUCUGCCACGUCAUCUGGAGAUCAUCUACGACAUCAACCUCAAGUUCAUGAACAGCGUCUCGGAGAAGUUCCCCGGCGACUUUGAUCGCAUGCGUCGGAUGUCGAUCGUCGAGGAGGCCGACCAGUUCGGCGAGAAGCGCAUCAACAUGGCUCAUCUCUGCAUUGUCGCGUCCCAUGCUGUCAAUGGAGUCGCUGCCCUGCACUCGGACUUGUUGAAGAGCACCACGUGAGUAAGAAGAAAUUGUUGAGAAAAAGUAGGAAAACGACUAGAGAAUCGUGAUAAGGGAAAGUUAGUUAACAAAUAUAACUUCACGAUUCAGCGAAAUAUCAUAGAAAAUGUUUAAAAUGAGGAAAAACGAUUGAAAAAUUGAAGCCGUGGGUACCUAGAGUUAAAAGAGUUCCUAUCGAACAAAAACCUUUCAUGGACUAUUUUUUUUCCCAAACGCCGGGUUCAAGGUGAGAAAAAAAAAGAAAAUUUUCUGGCUCAAAAAAUUGAAAGGUAGUUCCACCUUCGCUGCCCUAAUGCGAGUGGUUUGCUGCUUUUUUCUCUAGAUCUCCGUUAUUCUUCAAUCUUUUGGCAAUUACAAAACAAAAAUGUUUUUUUCCAGGUUCAAAGAUUUCCACGAGUUCUUCCCGGACCGUUUCCAGAACAAGACGAACGGCAUCACGCCCCGCCGCUGGCUGCUCCUCUCCAACCCCUCGCUAGCCGAUGUGAUCGUCGAGAAGAUCGGCGACUCGUGGAUCACCAACCUCGACGAGCUCCAGAAGCUCAAGGAAUUCGCCAACGACGCUGGCUUUCUUGACCAGAUACGGCGCGUCAAGCAGGAAAACAAGAUGCACGUCGCCCAGUUCCUCACCGACGAGUACCACGUCGCCAUCAACCCCGCCUCGAUCUUCGACGUCCACGUCAAGCGAAUCCACGAGUACAAACGUCAGCUUCUCAACAUUCUUCACGUCAUCGCGCUGUACAACAGAAUCAAGGUGCUUUUUAAGGGAAAAUAUUAAAAUGGACAGCUGAUAUGUGGAAAAGGAUUGUAUGAAUUGAAAUGUUCAACAAUUCAUACAAUUUUUAUUUCAGGAGAACCCGAGCAUCGACAUGGUGCCGCGCACGAUGAUCUACGGUGGAAAAGCCGCGCCAGGUUACCACAUGGCCAAGCAGAUCAUCCGACUCAUCACGGCCGUCGGCGAGGUCGUCAACAACGAUCCCGUUGUUGGCGAUAAGUUGAAGGUUGGAACAGAAAAAGUGAAUUCACACAGUGAGAAAGUUCAGGUCAUCUACCUGGAGAACUACCGAGUGUCGAUGGCCGAGAAGAUCAUUCCGGCUGCGGACCUUUCCGAACAGAUAUCGACGGCUGGAACUGAGGCUUCUGGAACUGGCAACAUGAAGUUCAUGGUCAGUGCCUUGUAAAGUAAUACGUGUUUUUAUUGAGGAUAGUAACUCGAGCUGUUGUUUUUUUCAAGGCGAACACAAAAGUGAAAAAAAAAGUACUGGUCAGUCCGUGGAGUUGUUGAGCGGACUCUUAGAGUUUUUGGAGAUAUCUCAGCUAAAAAAUUCUUUCUCACGGGAAUUAGAGGUUUCGGCCGCACCAGAAGUGAGAAUGAUAGGAGAAGGUGCUUUCUGAAAUUUAGAAGCUUUUUUAUGAAAUCAGCUCGAAAAAUGCAUGCAGUUACUUUUUUUACACACAAAAUCGCAAAAAAUUUUGAAAUUUCCUAGUUUUUAAGCUCAACGGUGCGCUGACCAUCGGUACUCUGGACGGCGCCAACGUCGAGAUGGCCGAGGAGAUGGGAGACGAGAAUAUCUUCAUCUUCGGCAUGACGGUUGAAGACGUUGAGGCACUCCAGAAGCGCGGCUACUCGAGCCAGGAGUUCAUCAAGAAGAGCGCGAUGCUCAGCCAAAUCGUCGAACAGAUCGAGCACGGCCAGUUCACUCCAGAAGACCCCGACCAGCUCCGCGAUCUUUCCAAUAUGCUCCGACACCACGACCGCUUCAUGGUCUGCGCCGACUUCGACGCGUUCGUCGAAGCUCAAGACAAGGUGAUUUAGAAUCAAUGAUAUCACGCGUGCUUCUGAAGCUCCUAGAGAGGCUAUGUAUUCAUAGUAUUAUGAGCUUUUUGUGAUUUCUUCUGAAGCUGCAGGUUUUUUUUAGCGACUCAUAAAUGUGGGCAACAAAAUAUUGAACCUUUUUUUCAAAAUGUAGUAAAAAGAAUAAUUUUCAUGAACCACAGUUGGAAAUGUCUUUCGAAUUGAUUUGAUGGUUAUUUUCGAAGGUGGCGAAGACGUACCGCGACCAGCAACAAUGGUCUCGCAUGGCCCUGUACAACAUCGCCUCGACGGGCAAGUUCAGCACCGACCGCACGAUCGCCGAGUACGCUCGCGAGAUCUGGAACAUUGAGCCGUCAGAGACUAGUCUUCCAGCCCCCUACGAAAACCCCGAACACAAACAAGACGAGUAA